AUGUCGGAUAAUACGUAUAUUCCGGUGUCUAAAAAUAGUGAUGAGAAUCUGGGGCUAAAGAAACGUCGAGUUGGGGAUUCCCAUCAUUUUGAUGCUGCUAGAGAGAAAAAUUUCGAUGCACAGCCAUCUUCAAUCUAUAGUAAUGUGAAGGAGAAGACGCCAGCAUGGUUAAAGAAAAAUGAUAGCAAAAACCUCAAGUACGAGAAAUAUGCGCCAAGAUCGAAUCAUGGUAAUUCUUCGUGGAUAAGCAAUGAACCAGCGGUGUCCACGACAUCGUCAUUAUACCAAAAGUAUAGUGCAGUAGAUGAUUCGCGAAUGGAUAGGAUGAAAAGGAAUAGGCAGCGGCUAGAGCAAAGUCUAUCCUCCACACGUAAUAACAAAGACGAGGAGCAAGAAAAGAAGGAAACAGAGGGGAAAGUGGAGGAAAAAGAUGAAGAAAUGAUCACCAACGGUCACAAAGGUGAUGAGCAGGAGAUGGGAAUCAAUCCAUAUUUACACUUGGAUAUUGCAAAUCCGUCUGUAAACCAUUUACAAAAAGAGUCAAACUACCAAACAUUUCAAAGUAAAAUCUUCAACAAAGAAAGCCGAGACAUCAAUAGUAUUGUGAGACAACAUUAUAACCAACGAACCCAGCAAUCUAGAAAACAGGGUAAGAGAACUGACUCGCCUAUUUACAAAUUGAGAAAUUUCAACAACACAAUUAAAUAUAUUCUAUUAGGUAAUUGGGUCAAGUAUAUUUCUGAAGGAUCGCCAUCAAUGUUUUCCAUACUAGACUUGUGCUGCGGUAAAGGUGGCGAUUUGAACAAGUGUGAGUUUAUUGAGAUUGACCAAUAUAUUGGUAUUGAUAUAUCUGACUUAUCUGUACGGGAAGCAUUUCAAAGGUAUUCUCGACAAAAGGCAAUGUUCAAGACACAUUCGGGCCAGAGGAGCUCUGGCAAGUAUAAUUUUGAAGCAUGUUUUGCCACAGGAGAUUGUUUUACCGAAUCUGUGCCUGAAAUAUUAGAGCCUAACUUUCCUGGGAUCAUUGAAAAAACAUUUCCAGUUGAUGCAGUUUCGACGCAAUUUGCGUUGCACUAUGCAUUUGAGACAGAGGAGAAAGUCAGGACUUUAUUAACAAAUGUGGCGAAAUCCCUAAAAGUUGGGGGCGUGUUUGUAGGUACGAUUCCUUCAUCUGAUUUCAUCAAGUCAAAAAUCAUAGCGGGGGAUUAUCGUAGAGAUGCAGAUAACAAGGUUAAAUUUGGAAACUCUUUAUAUUCGGUAACAUUCGACAAAGAGCCGUUAGUGGAUGGUCUAUUUAGGCCGCCUUUUGGUAAUCGGUACACAUAUUGGUUGAAAGAUGCCGUUGAUAACGUUCCUGAGUAUGUUGUUCCAUUCGAGACUUUGAGAGCACUUUGCGAAGAGUAUAAUUUGACAUUGAAGUAUAAAAAGAAUUUCAUAGAUAUAUUCAAUCAAGAGAUUCCCAAGUAUUUUGGUAAGUUGAAUAAGAAUUUGGUUGAAGGAUUAAAACGAAGCGAUGGGAAGUAUGGUGCAGAGGGGGAGGAGAAAGAAGCCGUUGGGUUCUAUAUUGGAUUUGUGUUUAAAAAAGUACUAUAG